UCGCGGGUGUGCCCGUUGCCCAGCCCCGUGUGUUCCCUUUUUCCCUUUUGGUCCCCAUGAGAAAUCCGAUUUCUAACUAAUCGCCCGAUCGAUACAGUUUCUUCAAAGGACUAUACGUAAAAUAUUGAAAGUGUCGUAGAAAGGUGAUCGAAUAUAAAACUGUGAUAAAAUUCGUCAUUUCACUUUCGCCGUGUUAUGAUUUCGAAGGACAACUUUGCUUAAGAAAAUACCGGCCGAUCAUGAAGUUCAUCGUGUGUGUCAUCUCGACACUGAUUCUACAGGCAUCGGCUAUAAUUCAAUCUCCACCACGGAUAUCCAAACAACCCCCGACAGAUGAGCAGUUAUUUCAAGUGGCUCAGGCAAAGAUUAAUGAGAAUGACAAACCAUUUUUAAUUGAAUGCGAAGCAGAAGGAGAACCUGCUCCGAGGUACCGAUGGAUUAAAAAUGGAAAAAACUUUGAAUGGCCAGCGUACGAUGACCGUAUAUCUCAGCAACCUGGUAGAGGUACACUGGUCAUCUCGAGACCGCGCGAUGAAGAUUUGGGACAGUACCAAUGCUUUGCAGAAAAUGAAUGGGGGACAGCGACAUCCAACUCUGUUUUCGUUCGAAAAGCCGAAUUGAAUUCGUUCAAAGAUCAGAAUCCUAUAAGCCUCGAUGCAAACGAAGGGCAGCCAUUCAAAUUAACGUGUCAACCACCGGACGGUUGGCCGAAACCGAACGUGUAUUGGUUGAUUCAAGACAUCGCCGGUAGUAUCAAGUCGAUCAAUAACUCGAGAAUGACUUUGGAUCCCGAAGGAAAUCUUUGGUUUAGUAACGUCACUAGAAACGACGCCUCCGAUGAUUUUUAUUACGCCUGCGCAGCUACGUCCGUAUUCAGAAACGAAUACAAACUAGGAAAUAGAGUUUUAUUAAAUGUUAUUUCAACGGGAACGUCUGCUAGUCAAAAUAAACACGAACCCGUCAAACAAUACGUCAGUAGAAAGAACGAAGUUGCCUUACGCGGUAAAAAGAUUGAAUUAUAUUGCAUAUUCGGUGGGACGCCUUUACCGCAGAUAUUAUGGAGUAAAAACGGGAAAAUAAUACGGACAAACGAUCGAAUAACUCAAGGAAAUUAUGGUAAAUCGUUGAUAAUAAAGCAUGUGAAUUUCAAGGACGAGGGAACGUAUAGUUGCGAAGCAUCGAACGGAGUUGGAGAUGCGCAAUCGUAUUCUAUAAACUUACAAGUAAUGGCGGUACCAUAUUUCACUAUCGAACCUGAGAUCAUAAACGCCGCGGAAGACGAGACUGUUGCAUUCAAAUGCGCAGCUGACGGAGUGCCUACUCCUGAAAUCAAAUGGAUUCAUAAUGGCAAACCAAUAUCGGAAGCUCCGCCAAAUCCGCGUAGGAAAGUUACAUCGAAUUCCAUCAUUAUAGAGAAACUAACUAAGAAAGACACAGGAAAUUACGGAUGCAAUGCAACUAAUUCGUUGGGCUACGUAUACAAGGAUGUGUACGUAAAUGUUUUAGCUCUGGAACCAGAAAUUAUACAACCGCCAGCUGAUAUCGCUACUGUUGACGGGAAAACAGUGAGAAUUAUCUGUCGCGUGUUUGGGGCACCGAAACCAACUGUGAAAUGGAUCCGGAAAGGUCAAGAACUGACCGGAGGCCGAUACAAGACUAUGGACUCCGGUGACUUAGAAAUUGAAAAUGUAAUAUUCUUAGAUGCGGGUGUCUAUACGUGCCACGCGUCUAAUAAAUUUGGAGAAGUAGAAGCUACUGGUAAUUUAAUGGUAAAAGAACACACGAGAAUCACGGACGAACCUGAGGAUUACGAAGUUGCCGCAGGUUCUACUGCAACCUUUAGGUGUAAUGCCGUCACAGAUUCAAGUUUAACUUUAACGAUCGACUGGUUGUCCAACGGCGAGCCUAUAGAUUUUGAGAUGGAACCACGAUUUGUGCGAAGCACUGAUUAUUCGUUAAUGAUCACAAAAACGACUGAAUUAGAUUCUGGUAUUUACACGUGCGUUGCUCAUACCGAGUUGGACGAGACGAAAGCACAAGCAACGCUGAUCGUUCAGGACGUACCGAACCCGCCAAAAUUAAUCAGCGUAAAAUGUAUGGAAAACGAAGCUUCCGUGCAUUGGACUCCUAUGGGUGAUAACAGAGCUCCGAUCUUAAGAUACACCAUUCAGCAUAACACCACUUUCACACCGGAUACUUGGGAAAUAGCUAAAGAUUCCGUACCAGCCACUGAACAAACUUAUGUUGUUCCAAUGUCGCCUUGGGCUAACUAUACGUUCCGUGUAUUAGCGUGGAACAAAAUAGGACCUUCGUUACCAUCGCCGCACAGCGAUGUGUGCACCACUUUACCGGACGUUCCUUACAGGAAUCCGGAUAACGUUGCGGGUAAAGGAACAACUCCGCAAAAUCUUGUUAUAUCCUGGACCGUGAUGCCGCAAAUUGAGCACAACGCGCCGAAGUUCAUGUACAGAGUAUAUUACAGACGAGACAUACCAGGAGAGAAAUGGACGAUAGAGGAUAUACACGAUUGGAAAAAGAAUAGCCUGGUAGUAGACAAUCAACCCACUUAUCAGAGAUACAAGAUCAAAGUUGUGGCUAUCAAUGCGAAGGGAGAAUGUAGAGUCGCGCCUGAAGAAGUAACUGGAUACUCUGGAGAGGAUGUACCCUUGCAAGCACCCACUAACUUCACGUUGAAUCAAAUAAAGUCCAGCACAAGCGCGCAGUUCUCGUGGAACCCGGUUCCCGAGGAAUCGGUACGAGGUGAAUUACAGGGAUAUAAAAUUCAAACGUGGACAGAAAAGGAUGGAGAAAAAGGAUUGAGGGAAAUCGAUAUAAGAGGUGGUAACAGGUCCCAUGCGUUAGUUACCAAAUUUGUUCCAUUCAGCAAGAACUAUGUCAGAAUCCUAGCAUAUAAUGGCCGGUACGCUGGACCACCUUCUGAAACUUUAAGUUUUGAUACACCAGAAGGAGUUCCAGGAACAGUUCUCAAUCUUGAGGCGUUCCCGAUGGGCUCCAGCGCUUUGUUCUUAGCAUGGACGAAACCUGCCGAACCGAAUGGUAUCUUAAAUGGAUACAGAAUUUACUAUGAACCCGUAAAUGGAACUAGAUUAGGACCUCUAUUGGAGAGGAAACCGCACAUUAUGGACUCAGAAGCCACAAGCGCAAAAUUAGCUGCGCUAGCACCUGACACUAAAUAUCGUGUACACGUCCGGGCAACGACAAAAGUUGGCGAAGGAAAUGAUUACUUCAUCGAACAGAAGACGCGUACGUCCCAACGGCCAGACGUGCCUCAAUUCACUUGGGAAGCCAUACCAAAAGAGAACGGAUAUUCGAACGUCAGAAUUAUUUGGCAGCUAAAUCUCAAUGGAAACCCUGGCAGCCACUUUUUCGUUAAGUACAAACUUAAAGGCGAAACGAUCUCUCUGGAGACUGACCCAGAGUACCAAUCGAACACGAUCGAAAUUCGUGGACUUAAAAGCGGCGAGGUUUACGUAAUGUCCGUCGUUGCCGUCGAUGGAAAUUAUUUCACGGAAAGCGAACCGCAGGAAGUAGAGACAAGCAGCGAGGGACCUAUCAUUCAGCCUAAAGAAAAUGUCGCUACUGCUGGAUGGUUCAUAGGAAUGAUGCUAGCGAUCGCUUUCCUUCUUUUCGUACUUAUAAUCGUGUGCAUUGUAAAACGCAACAGAGGCGGAAAGUACGCGGUACACGAAAGGGAAUUAGCUGCUGGACGCGGUGACUACCCGGACGAAGGUGGUUUUCACGAGUAUUCGCAACCUUUAGAUACUAAAUCAGCAGGUGGUCGAGCGUCUUUAGCAUCGUCGUCCCAUCAAGAUGGAAAGCAUCCAGAGUCUGACACCGAUUCUAUGGCAGAAUACGGGGAGGGUGAUACAGAAGGUAUGAACGAGGACGGAUCAUUCAUUGGUCAGUAUGGUCGACAUCGUAAGCCAGAACCAAACUCGCAAGCAUUUGCUACGUUAGUUUAAGGACGUUUCACGGAAGACGGUUCUUUCAUUGGACAAUAUGGGCCCAAGGGUAGACCAGAAGAAACACCGCCCAUUCCAAGCGGCACUAUGGCCACAUACGUGUAACCUCUGCCAUUAUCUUAUUCGAGCCGCAUAAAAAUUGUUUUUUCUCUCAUAAGUAAGGUUACAGGUCCUUACUAACCGCAGCAGCUCUGCUAUGCACCUUGCGCUGGGCGCAAUGUCCAACACUAUACUGCCAAUUAGAUUUUGGUUUUGGGUUUUAUAGUUUACAUAGAGAGAUAAGUAAAUGUUUCUAUAUUGAGCCAGUUAGGGAUAUACAAGUGAAGCACAACAAUUUGUAUAUUCGUAUCGUUUAGAGUGAUUCGUCUUUUAAGUGUUUCGUACACAUCAUUUUAGAUGCGUUACUCGAUUAUUCCAAUAAUUUUUAGUAUAUUCGAAGUUGAACUGCGAUAAUUAUUUCAUCUACUUAUUGCGUGUAUCGAUGGAUACAUAUUUGUUAAUUAAUCAAAAAAUUAUUUAUUAACCGAUACAUUUGUUGAAGUAUCUUGUACUAAUUAUAAAACCCAAAGACGAUAGGUGUUUCAUAGCGUGCAAGCUAUUUACGAACAUAAAUAAAAGUAGAAAGUAUUCUAGCAUCGACAGUAAAACAUUUGACAAAGCCAGAUUGAUUGAUCGACACGAUAAUAAUCACAGGGUAUACGAGUUAUGUUUAUAUUGUUCUAAGUAUGUACGGCACAAAAUCAUGAUGUACUUUUAAGGCUGCAUAUAGGAUCACAUCCACUUAAUCAAAUAACAUUGAUGAUUCGUAUUGCCCAAAAUUAGUUUAUACACCUUCUAACAGACUGAUGUUGCUUAUAUGCAAUCUUGAAAACGGAAGGACUGAUAUUGAGAAUAGUGUCACAAUCUGGCUUCGACUGAAUCUAAUUUUAACUUUUAAAAAAAACGUGAAAUUGUUCUAAGAAUCUUUAGAUGCAAUCAAUUUUUACUCUGCCGACAAAGGGCCAAAUAUAACGAAUCGGUGACUAUCUCUUAUUCAUUCAACGAGAGAACAUGCCUGUUUCACGCAGUUCAGGAAGACCCUUAACUUCUUAAUUCUACUUCAAGGGUACAUACACAGUGAAGAAAAAUAUAUGAACAGAGAAAGAAGAAAGUGAUAACGUCCCGCGUCGGAGAUAGAAGAAUAUACUGGGUACAAUGGGUAUGGUCGGUCAUUGAAUGAAUAAUACAAUUAUUGUGCACUUGCACUUUCAUUAACGAUACGCAAAUGACAAAAGAUAUUAUUAUUAUUACUCUAAUAUUGAAAGGAACAUUGUACAUGCACUAUAGUAGUUAAAAAAAAAAAAGUCACAUGGCCUCUAAUUGUUGCUUUUUGUAUGUGAAACGUGCUUUAGCUAAAGAAAAUGAAAGUCCUUUUAUUUUUAUUAAUGUUCACUUUCCUUUUGGUAAUUUUAUUACAAUAUAAUGAGUCUAGAGUAUUGAUUAUUUAAUAUAUAAUAUAUUAAAUAUAUAGAGACAUAUAUUGAUUAUUAAUUAGAGUCUUGAAAGAAUGCGAUCACACAAGGACAGCUAUUAUUGCGUUUUAGUGUAUAAAAAUGUUAUUAAGAAAUGAGUAGAGAUUCGUUGAUUUCUGCAAGAAUAAAUGUACGUUUUUUAUUUACUAUAUAUUUAAGUUUAGUAUAUUCAAUGCAAUGUACAGGUUGUCUGCAAAAGUGUCGUGAACAAAUAUAUCAGGUACAAAAAUAAAAAAAAAAAGGUACAAAAUAUAGGAAUACUUAACAAUACACAUAAUGCGCGUAAAGUUCGUAAAAAUAUAUAUGAUACUCUGAAAAUAAUGUACACAGCUCUGAAUCUAUGGAAAGUCGACAUGCAAUAGUAAUUAUUCUUCCAACUUGUCUUCUAAAUUUUAGUAUGUACCAUUGAAAAAGAAAAACAAAGGAGGUCUCAAAAUUUCGUUUAGCGACAAACUGUAGAUUUUAAUUAAUAUUUGUCAGGAUCUUUUUUGCCGAUUAUCCUGUACAAAUGGCUUGGACGUCGCGUAAUUUUUACGAACUCUAUAAAUAAUAUAUAUUAUACAUAUACACGUACGUAUAUAGGCGCCUACAAAAAGAACGUAUUGUAAAUUAAAGAAAAAUGAUAAUUUAUUGUAAAGAUACCGAGAUAUAUAAAAGAAGAUACAGAGACAUAUAUGUAAUAUAUUAAAGUAUCAUUAAUGGUAAAAUUAUAUUGAACGAUAUAUUUGCCAGAAUGAUCAUAGACGUCCAAGUCAAUCCACAAAAGUAUGCGAUUACGUUUUAAUGUAUUUUUCUAAUCGUAGUAUCUUCUGUACAUUUUGGAGAUACAUCCGUAUCCGUGUCCUUUUUAAGAUUCGAAUCUCUGUUUGGAUGAAACGUGUUGUAACUUACGUGAACUUCCAAUACUUUCGUACGUGUAACUGGUGUUUUGAUACUUUUUAAUAUAUUUUGAUACAUUUUUUUCUUUUUAUUACUUUCACUCGUUAUUAAUAUAUAUAUAUAUAUAUAUAAUAUAGACAUUUCUUCGUAUUCACGGUAGAUGCGUAAGCGUUUAGCACGUACGUCGUGUGUUGGAUCUGAUUUUUUUUUAAACAAUGCAUUAACUAUUUUAGUUACAACGCCGGGAAGUAACCACUGUGUUAGCGCAAUUAGCACCGACGAAGAAUGCGAUACAAAUGACUUUCUACGAAACAGUGUUCAUUUUACAACGAGAGGACAACACAUGUUGCGCAUACAAAAAUAAAAAAAAGAGAUAAACUGUUGCAAAAAUAACGAAAAGAAAAAUGUUAUACGAUAAUACGAACAUGUGUGCGCCUAUCGUACUAGCUUUUCAUUGUACAUUAUCUGAUUAUAAAUAUUAAGAUACUAAUACAUUUCCCGAUAGAAAGAUCCAUAAAGAGCGUGCUCGUAAGAGACCACCUUCUUGUGUAUGUUUCUAGCGGUACCAUCGUUUCAAUAUUUUUUCUACGAAGUAGAGUUUGCAGAAAGGUUUAGCAACCUGGUUGAAGGUUCUUUCAUCUCCUCGAAAGCGACGAGAAUAUCCUACAUUGCGUUACAACGUUUUGUCAAAUGUCAAAUGAUUCGCCUUAUGUUCGAUCAUUUAUAAGUAACUACGAUAACGCGCAUUCCAAUGCCUGUAUAACAUCUCCCAUGUCAAUAAAAACAAAAAUUAAAUAAAUAAAAUCUAUAAACGACA